AUGCCCGAGGUCGGCACGAUGGGCGGCAGCAUGGAAAUGCGAAAGUCCGCCACCGUCGUCGCGUGUCUGGCGAUGCUGCUGCUCCAGCUUGGCACGCUGCUGCCCAGAUCGGCAGCACAGCAGAAUAACAAUUUCUACUUCGCGCAAUCACAGGGCCGUUUUGUGCCUUCGUUCGAAAGCCCGCGCAAUGGUUUCUUUCCCUCGGCGCUUCAGCGACAGCAACCGCCACCGGACUCCUACCAGGAGCAGACACUCUUCGUGAACAACAACAACGUGGACCGGGGCACCGGAGCCAGCGAAGGGACCGGGUCCCGCGGUAUAACGCCGUCCUACUAUCAAUUUACCUAUACGACCCCCCGGAGUGCGGAUAUUUUCGAAAUAUCUCCGCGACCCUUUUCCGCAACGCCAUCGUCGAACUCCGGCUUCCAGUACUCGCGUAGUCCACUGAGAAGCGACUUCUUCUCUAAUGGACUCACGCCCAGCCGGACCUUCCCGGCCACGGGCCGCCAGCCCGCCGGUUCGCAGCGCAAAAGUCCCUUCGGCAGCUUCUCGGCAGACCCCAGCACCACCGAAGCCCCGCAGCGACCACCACCACCCGCCGCCGCACCACCGGCGCCAGCAUCCGACGGACCGUCCGUGCGCGACCGUCAGCUUUCCUACAUCUCGAACCGGGCGCGUCCGUUCGCCAGCGAAGACCGGGGCGAACAGUCCGGCACGCCAACGCGCGCCACCGCCCGCCAGCAGCUCCCACGAAGCCCGGCCGCCACGGCGGUAGUGACCGGUGGCACGCGGAACAGUUACUCCAGCUCUCGAUCGCGCCAGCCCGAUAGCACGCAGGCCACGUUGUCGGGACAGCGGCAGACGGCGAGCCGGGACGUCGGCACGGCUCAGAACGGCAGCCGGCUCGGUGGCACGGGAACGCAGGGGAGCAGCGGUAGCAGCAGCAACAGUAGGACCACGCUGAGGCCGAAUCGUUAUCGAUCGACGCCGACAACGACGACGACGGAGGCGGCCACCGAGCGCACGACCGCGGCCAUCGAUACUGCUGCCGUGCGGAAUCGCUUCAGUGGAAGAACGCCAGCCCCGAACGCUUUCCGGCAAACGUUCGAAGCGAAGCGUGUGUCGGCCACAAACAGCGCCAUCGCGCCGCGCGGUUCCUUCGUCAACAGUAACCCGAAGGCGAAAGCGACGACGACCACGAGCACUCCUACGACCACGACCAGCACCACGACGACCACCGGCAAGCUGCCCGUGCUGUCCCGGUUCAUCCACCAGCCGGCCAAACCGAUCAUCCCCAGCAUCAACAUCACGCACAACGGCUCCGCCAAAUCGGCCGAGGUGAUCUACGACUACGAAGACUACGAGUCGGAGUCGAAGGAAUCGACCGGCUUCGGCGGGGAGAAGCAGGAAAUCAACGACUUCCAGCCGACGUCGGUGGCCAAGAACAACUCGAUCGCGUUGGGCAGCGGAGAUGCGACGGAUGAGCAAAAGACGCUGCCGGGUGCGAGUACCACUGUGGCGACGAACGGCGGCACGCAGAACGAGCUGGAAGAUCCGGACGGACGGUUGAACAAUAUCAGCGAGAACGAGUACUACGAUACGGUGCGCGAGUCCGGCACGGCACCGGGCGAUUCGGUGGGCGUGGAGGACCAUACGGUGAUUCUGACGGACAACUUCUACCUCCCCGGUGGGGCCGGUGGCUCGGAGGAAACAUUCGAGGAUGAGGGCGAGGAGGGAGAGGAAGGUGGCGAAGAGCCGGCCAGUUUGCAACGGGAAAUCAACAGUACGGCCGAGCUGGGUGCGACCGAUCCGCAGGAAAAGGCUUACGACGAGGAGUACGUGUACGAGGAUGAGGAACCGGGAGUGACGACGACGGUACGUACGCCGGUGAAGACGGUGCCGGUACCACCGCCGGUUACGCAGGACGAUUCCGCCGACAUGCUACAGUUUUCCGACGAGGACGCCAAGGAUGUUGUCGAGGAAGCGCGGGUGCUGGAAGCCACGAAAGAAACGCUUGCCGACGGCAGUCCAGCUCCACCGACUUCGAGCGUGAGCACGGAAUCGUCGACCGAAUCGUCGGCCAGUCCAUCCACGACCACGGAACGGGUGGCGAGUUCGAGCGAGUUCGACGGUGCCACCAACGCGACGACGGAGAGCUGGGUCGUGGUCGCUUCCGUGCAGACGAGCCGUAGCGUUUCCGGCGCCCGGUUUCUUCCGUUCCCGCAGGUUAAUCAGGACGAAAAGAAACAACCAUUGGCCGACCUUGAGAUCAAGGGUAGCAAUGAGAGUGACGAUGUGGAAGCUACCACGGCCAGUGGGAUGAUAAACGACGAGCAGGAGGGAGUGACGACGGUGGCCCCUCAGGAGCCCGUCAUUGCCGUCACGCAGGACGUGGCCGAUUCGGUGACGACGGAGAAAACGAUACUCGCACAGUCCACCGAGAGCAUCAUCGAUAAGCUGGAUCGCGUCCAGUCGGAGCUAUCGAGUGGACUGUUCGCUGGGAAGUUCCCCGUCCUGAAGGAUCCCACCGUGGUGGAAGAUCAGAAGGUGCCGGGUUCGACCGCCCUGCCCCCGGUGGUGAUCAGGAAGUUCCAACCGAACGCACGCGCUACGACGACGAAGAAACCACGACCCGGACUCACGACGACCACGACGACGGCCAAACCGACAACGUCCACGGAGGGUCUGGUGAAGAAGAUCAAGUUUGAAACGGUCGACGAUAUAUCGGCCCUGCUGCCGCCCGAUUACAAGGCAAAGGCCGGGUUCAAGCUGAAGAAACCCAACGUCACCGUAGAACCGGCAACGACGACCACCACCACCACCACCCGGGAAACGCCUGCGGAGGAACCGGCACGAUCGGAGCUGGUCAAUCGAUUCCGUAGCGCCAACAUUAGCCGCUCGUACAAGAGCAACGUGCCGAUCCAGGAGCUAAGCUCGCUGCUCCCCAAGGACUACAAGCUGAACCGCACCGAGGAGGACAUCAAGAGCACCAACAACCUGAAGGAGCUGAUCAGCAAGGUGAAGGUGAACGGGGGGCCGGACAAACCGAACGUGACGCUCGAUGUGCUCAAGAAGGUGCAGAAGGUGGACGUCAGUGCGUUCCUGCCGCCGGGCUACAAACCCCCGGAGGCGACGAGCACGACGAGCAGGGCACCGGUGUCGAUCGAGGAUGACGUGAGCAAGUUCCUACCGCCCGGCUACAAAACGUUCAAGACGACGAAGAAACCGAACACGAGCCCGGUGACGAUAAAGGACGACAUUAGUAAGCUACUUCCGCCGGGCUAUAAGCUGCCGAAGGAGAACACUGAAACGGUCUCGGAAAAGCCGAAGUUGGUGUUCAGCGACGACCUGAGUAAAUUCCUACCGCCGGGUUAUAAGCCACCGGCCGAGAAGCCCGACGCAAAGCCCGUGGCGGAGGUGAUCGAUCCGAGCGAGCUGCUGAAGAAGAUUCAGUUUAAGGACGUGUCGGCGUUGUUGCCACCCGGUUUCAACGCGUCCAAGGCGGAAGAACCGGUUGCGGCGACGAGCACGGCCGCACCGAACCGUGGUGUGAUCUUUGCCAGCCGUCCCGGAGUGAAGAAACCGCCAGCACCGGGUGCCGCCGGUCGGAGUACGACCGCUAAGCCGGCCCACGCCGCCGAAGGACCCAAGGUGCCCGAGAUACACAUCCGCAAGGGUCCACCGACGCGUGCUACUACCGAGUUCACCGGCUGGCCGACACCGUCGACGACGCCCAUCUCGAUCGAGAAACUGUUGGAGCAGCAAAAGCAGCAGGAACUGCUGGAGAAGCUGCUCGCCGCUUCAUCGAGCAGCACGUCGACGACCACGAGCACGACGACGACGACGACCACCACCACCACCACGCCGAGACCAACCGAACCAGGCCUGUGCCAUUCGGAGUGCGACCUGGCGGGCACGAUACGUAUCGUCGACGGGGUGACCUGGGUGCCGGAACUGCUCGACCACAACACGGCCGAGUGGAAGAAGCUGGCCCGUGACGUCGAGACGGAGCUGAACGAAGUGUACAGCAAGGCAAAGAACCUGAGCAAAUGGUACAAGAAGGUGCGCAUCGACAGCUUCAACAAGGGCAGCGUGCUGGUCGAUUACUUCGUGGAGUUGAGUGAUUUGUCGCGCGAUGUCAACACGCUCGAGAUACGGAAGAUGUUCCAUGAGGCACUCGUGCCCGUACCGGAACCGACCACGACGACGACGACGACCGACGCCAGUGUGGACGAUUACGAUGGUGACGAUGGUGAGGGAGCUGCGGCGCGGGAGAAGGUGCAGCGCGAAAACCUGCAGGCACCGGUUCCGCGUGUGAAGGAAGUGUUCCAGCUGGGCAAGUUCAAGGUGGAUCCAGUCUACACUGAUUUUUCAGUGAUCCCGAAACCAAUCAUCGUUACCGGUCCGGGAAUGGAGGAUGAUUUGUUCUUGCCCCAAUGGGCGAUCGCAGGAAUCGUGAUCGGUUUGGCGUCACUUCUAUUCGUUAUUCUCUUCGGCGUCACUGUGCUUAUCAACCGCCAAAAGGCAGCCAAGAAGAAGGCUCCCACGCCUCUUACGGCCGACAUGUUGAACGAACUGAACAAAAACCACAUGGGCGGUAUCGAGAACUUCGGCUCCGAGGAGCUGUACAACAUGGACGACGCCUGGGACGAUCGUAUGCACGACGUCAAGCCAAAGCGAUUCUCAAACUCGAUGCACGGUAGCAGCGCCUCGAACAUCUACGACAGCUGGCGAUCGCAGCGCCAUCCGGAGAACUACUUCUACGACGAGUACGGUCUGAAGGGAUCGCACUAUCCGCCGAGCGGACACCACCGGUUACACGAUCCGGCGUUCAUGAUGCACGAACCGCCGCCACCGCCGGUGAUGGCCAUGUACCCGCCGUACCAUCACGCUCCCGCCCCGCCAAACAGUCACCACUUUAGCAACAGUUCGCGGCGAUACUACCGGGACUACGAUCCGAACUUCUGA